AUGUUUGAAGAAAAGAUCGUCGAUUUCAAGCCCUCGAUUAGAUCAAUCCCCCUCGUUGGUGCAACAAUCGUGGUUGACCAAUCAGACUUCCCAGGCAUCAUCCGCGCCGCAAAGGACCUGGCAGAAGACUUUGGUCGUGUAACGAAAGGACAUCACAGUCCUGUGCUUCUGUUAAAGUCAGAGGAAGAUUAUGUACAGAUCAAUACAAAGACGGCUAUCUUUGUCGGCAGUAUCGGCUCAAGUCCGGUUAUCAAGAGGCUGGUAGAGAAUAGCAAAUUGGACGCAAACGCGAUCGAUGGCAAAUGGGAAUCCUUCACAACGGGUAUCCUCGAUGAGCAGUUUGGAGUAUGUGAGAAAGCUCUGCUCAUCGCUGGAAGCGAUAAACGAGGUGCUAUUUUUGGUAUAUACACACUCUCAGAACAGAUUGGCGUCUCUCCAUGGUAUUGGUGGGCUGAUGUGCCACCUAAACAUCAUACCGGAAUCUAUGCUAUCGAGAAACAAACUGUUCAUGGCGAGCCGUCUGUCCGUCACCGAGGCAUCUUCCUCAAUGACGAGGCCCCGGCCUUGACUGGCUGGGUCAGGGAAACGUUUGGAGGAUACAAUUCUAAAUUUUACGCAACUGUAUUUGAACUCCUUCUCAGACUCAAGGCCAACUUCUUAUGGCCAGCGAUGUGGCCAGGUUAUCCCAAUCCAGGAGCAUCCUUCUUCACUGAUGACCCCUUAAACCAAAAGCUCGCAGACGAAUAUGGAAUCGUAAUAUCGACAUCGCAUCACGAACCUAUGCAACGCUUGUCAAACGAGUGGUUUGCAGAUAAUCCAGAUGGAAGUUGGAACUGGUUGACCAACAAGCAGAAGAUCACCGAGUUCUUCGAGCAUGGUGCGAGCAGGGCCAAAGACUGUGAUUCGUACUUCACUUUGGGGAUCAGAGGAGAAUAUGAUAAAAAGAUGUUGGCAGAAGAUCCUGCUUCUGUAGUUCAGGAUGCUAUUGAGACCCAGAGGGAGGUUAUUAAGAAGGUCUAUGGAAGUGAAGACGCCGUGUCUCAGCUGUUUGCUAUAUACAAGGAAGUGCAGACCAUGUUUGAAACCGGGCGUCUAAACGUUCCAGAAGAUGUCACGCUUCUGUUUCAGGAUGACAAUUUUGGUACAAUCCGUCGUCUUCCGACAACUGAAGAAUCAAAGAGGAAAGGUGGAGCAGGUGUUUACUACCAUCUACAAUACGUUGGAGAUCCUCGCAGUUACAAGUGGAUUAACACAAACUCUCUUGGCAAAUUAUGGCAUCAGCUUCAGCAAGCAUAUCACCACAACGCCAGACAGAUCUGGGUGUUCAAUGUAGGCGACCUCAAACCUCAGGAACUCCCUAUUUCUUUUGCUCUUGCUUUGGCAUGGGAUGUCAACAGCAUUAAGCACAACACUCUUCCCGACUUCUUCCGUCGUGCAGCCGAGCGGGAGUUUGGAGCUGAUCUCGCAGACGAGAUCGGUUCGGUUUGGCAUCAACACGACCGGCUACUAUCGUUAAGAAAACACGAACACAUCGAACCAGAAACGUUUUCAAUCCUGCACUACAAGGAAGCUGAUUCUAUCUUCAAUCGGUGGAAGGUUCUUCUUGACCGUGCGGAAACAUUGCACGAUCGGGUUUCUGAAGAACAGAAGGCUGCAUCCUUCCAGCUCAUUCUUCAUCCAACCAAGGCUUCGUAUAUCUACACUGGGUUACGUGUCAACCAAGCGCGCAACAAGCUCUUUGCUCGUCAGAGACGCAACUCCGCCAACAAGGUUGCCCAAGAGGUUUUGGAUCUCUUCGACGCAGAUUUUGAUCUGUCGGAACAAUUCCAUAGUUUGCUUUAUGGGAAAUGGAAUCAUAUCCUUAUGCAACCACAUUACGGAUAUGAAGAUACUUGGCAUGCACCAUCACGAGACAUGAUCAGCGGGCUAUCGUUUGUCCAGCGACGCCAGAACUCGAACCCCAUUGUCGGACAGAUGGGAGUUGCGGUUGAAGGUCACGAAGGCGUGCGAGUCGGACGUAUCAAUGAGGAGUCAGAGCGAACACAUCCAAGCAGGCGAGAUCUUGUUCCUGGUCUGACUCUGGGUCCCAUGAGUCGAUAUGGACCUGAUUUCAGGUGGUUUGAUGUCUUUACUCGCGGAGUGCCGACUAUCAACUGGUCAACUUCGGCUCUAUAUCCCUGGAUCAUUCUAUCACAGACUGAGGGGGCAUUGGUUCCUGGCCAAGAUGAUGUGCGAGUUCAGAUUUCUAUUGAUUGGUCGCAAGUACCUGAAGAUUUCCAAGAGGAUAUUCUUAUCGAUGUGCGGUCGCGUGAAGGAGACUUUGAGCAAGUUCAUCUACCCAUUGAUGGUCGACAAGUCCCAGAUUCAUUCCGUGGCUUUGUGGAACAGGACUGCUAUAUCUCGAUACCCGCGACCGAUUGCAACAUAGACAAGCCAUAUCUAAUGCUUCCUGAUACAGGCAGACUCGAGACCGGAAGUGUUACUCUCGCUCCCGGAACAAGGACCGAAGGCGCGAUUCCUUACCUAGGAUACCCGCUCUUCACAUUCAGCGAAACUGUCAAGACGGAACUAGUCCUUUACUUUGGCACAACUCUUGACUUGUCAUCCGAGGAUAUCCUGACCUAUAACGUACAGAUCGAUGAAGGCCAGAGUCAGACGUACACUUUGCAGCGGAGGACUCCCGAGAGCGAGAAGAACGCCGCAGAUAAGGGAUGGGCGUCGGCCGACGGGUGGUUCUUUGCUGCGUCGGACAAUGUAUGGGUACGGCGGCAUGAGCUGGGAAUGUUGAAGACUGGCGUGCAUAAUCUCAAGCUCCGAUUAAAUCACGCCAACAUCUUGCUGGAAAAGGUUGUUGUCGACUUUGGCGGAGUUCAAGUGAGUUACUUGGGUCCUCCUGGAAGCACCAGGGCUUGA